AUGGCCACCACCCACGGCUCCGCAAGCUACCCCCUCCUCUCCUCCAAGCCCUGGGCCAUAAUCGCCAUCCCCCUCGGCGUCGUAGCCGGCCUGGCGGCCCUCGCCGUGAUCUUCCACACCCGCCGCCGCCGCCGCCUAAAGUCCCGCCUACUCGUCUCGUCGGACCCGCGCGCCCGCCAGGCCCUCGAGCGCGACCUCCAGGAGGCCUGGGUCCGCGGCGCGAGCAGCCACGGCAACAGCCAACAACAGCAGCAGCAGCAGCAGCAGCAGCAGAGGGCCACCACCCGCUGGGUCCGGCCCGCGAGUCGCUGGGCCUGGGCACACAACGUCCUCCAGUCCCGCGCCGAGGAGGGCCUCAACGAGCUCGGCGAGGCGCCCCCGCCCUACGACGCGAGGAAGCGUGACGGCGCCGGUGCAGGCCCGUCGUCCCCGGGACCACCCAAACCCCCGGACGGCGUCGAGCUGCGCGACAUGUUGUCCGACGCCGGACGCCGGACCGAAGAAGACGGAGGGGAGGUGCAAGAGGACCACCACCGCCCCGGGGCCAGUGGCCGCGCCGCCGCGGACGCGGACGCCUCGCCGUUGCUGCCGCCGCCGCCCGGAUACGUCGAACGAGUGCCCGGCGGACGGGGUGCAGGGCAGCAACUAGACUGGGGCGGGGCGGCAGUUGCGCGGCCGCCCACGGCUGUGCUGCCGGGUCCGCGUUGGGCGUAA